AUGAUCAAGGGCUUGCAUUUCAGCAUUCCCGCGCGGUGGCGCUGCGGCUCUGCGGAGGCCGGGGUGGUUCUCUGCACCAGGGCGCGCUGGUUUCUGGGGACCUUCAGAGCUGCGGCGGAGACGCGCGGGGCGGCCGCGGCUCUCCCACCUGUCACCCUGGCCCUUCUCUGCUUGGACGGCGUCUUCCUCUCUUCAGCUGAGAAUGACUUCGUGCACCGCAUCCAGGAGGAACUGGACCGCUUCCUGCUGCAGAAGCAGCUAUCAAAGGUCCUUCUUUUCCCCCCACUCUCCAGUCGCCUCCGGUACCUGAUCCACAGGACAGCGGAGAAUUUUGAUCUUUUGAGCAGCUUCUCUGUUGGGGAGGGCUGGAGGAGGAGGACGGUCAUUUGUCACCUGGACAUCAGGUUACCCAGUUCAGAAGGACCCUCUGGCCCCUGCCGCCCUCCUGCCUCCCACCCCAGCAAGUACCGAGGUCCUCGGCCUGCCUCAAGCCAGGGAGCGGCAGCUGGCCCCAGGGGGGUGCGGGCCGGCCGGUGGCAUCGCGGACGCAAGCCGGACCAGGCCCUGUACGUGCCCCGGGGGCGGCGCAGGCAAGAAGAACGGGCACCACCCCCUGCGCCAGGGCUCCUAGGAGAUGCUCCAGCUGGCAGGCCCCCAGAAGAGCCCGGAGAUGUCAGGGCUGGGGACCCCAGCUCUGAUCCGGAGCUUCCAGUGUUGGUGACUCAGGCCUCAGAAGACCCAAAAGGCCCUGGCAAAAGUUCUGAGAAGGAGUUGCUGCCGGACCCAGUGGCCACGGAGCCCCCGGGGCCUGAGAGCCACUCGGGGACAGGAGACGGGUCAGAAACGGCCACCCAGCCUGGGCCCAGUCUGCAGCCAGACUUGGAAGAGGGGCAUGGGAGUGAGCUGGAGAGGAGCCUGGCGGCAGAGGAGGAAGACGAGGAAGACGAGGUGGAAGAGGAGGGGCCGGGCAGCUGCUCUGAGGACCAUUACAGUGAGCUGCUGCAGGAGAUAACGGACAACCUGACCCAGAAGGAGAUUCAGGUAGAGCACAUCCACGUGGACACGUCGUCCUUCGCGGAGGAGCUGCCGGGGGAGAAGGAUUUUGCACACGUGGUGGAGAUCUAUGACUUUGAGCCAACAUUCAAGACCGAGGACCUGCUGGUGGCCUUUUCUGAGUUCCAAGAGAAGGGGUUCAAGAUCCAGUGGGUGGACGACACACAUGCACUGGGAGUCUUUCCCUGCCUGGCUUCAGCUGCUGAAGCUCUGACCAGGGACUUCUCUAUGCUCAAGAUCCGGCCCCUCACCCAGGGAACCCAGCAGUCCAAGCUGAAGGCCCUGCAGAGGCCAAAGCUCCUGCGUCUGGCGAAGGAGAGACCACAGACAAAUACAGCCGUGGCACGGAGGCUGGUAGCCCGAGCUCUGGGGCUCCAACACAGAAAGAAAGAGCGGCCUGCGAUGGAGCCUCCCACCACCCUGAGGCCCUGAGAGGCCCAACCAGUCUGGACCACUGCCCCCCACAAUUCAGCUGGUGCCCCAGCACCACAAGCCUUUACACACACUAGAACCUGCGCCAUCCUCGGGGCGUCACUGUGGGGCAUGGUGGGCUUGAGUUUGGUCUAGUUCCCCAAGUUGAGAAAAAAUAAAAAUUUAAGAGUUACAACCUAA